AAAAAAACCGCAACCCCCCCUCGAGGCGGAACCCUAGCAGCAGCACCACGCCGCCAGCGGCAGCCAUGGCGACUGACGCCGACCUCGCCUCUCUCGACGCCCCCGCCUCUUCCGCCGCUCGCUUCCACCCCAAGGUAAGGGGCAAGGCCAAGGCGAAGCCGAAGCCGAAGACAAAGCCCAAGCCCAAGUCCGGAGCGGAGGGUGGCGUGGAUGCGAUGGAGACGGACAGGGUGAGUGCCGGCGAGGGCGCGGAUCUUGAGGGCGAGGACUUCGUGGUGCGGGAGAUGGACGUGUAUUUCACGCCCAGGCCCUUCGGCAAGGACACCAAGCUCUACAUCGCGCAGUACCCACAGAGGCCAUGCUGGCGUCCCUACGAGCUCGGUGAAGCGUGCAAGGAGGUUCGCGUGAGGCCAGAGAGCUCAGAGGUUGAAGUGGAUCUGGAGAUCGAUACAGAGAGUGGCAACUACGACCAAGAGGUUUCUGCAUCUCCGAGGCUGACAGAGCAGACCUUAUCAUCAUCGGAGGCAGCGGCUGAUGUGGCCGGUUAUGCCGUCGGGGUUCUUCGAGGCGGCUUGCUUCAUCUGAAUCGUCUUGAUGCGGUUCUGCAGCUGCGACCAUCAAUGUCGCAUCUGAUUUCUGGUCCAUCACAUACCACCAGGCAGCCUUUACAAGAGGUGGAAACAAAUGGCCUGAAGGUUCCAUCAGUUAAGGGAGAUGAGCGCUCAGAGGGUUCCAACAAGGACUCAAUUAAAGAACCUGAGCCAUGGAUUUCGCUCACUUACGAACCAGCCGGGAGUGAUGUUGCAAGCAGGUACUAUGCUGAGAUGAUGGCAAAUGAGGGCAGGCCCAUCAUGGAUUUCACAAUGAGCACACAAGAUUAUGCAAUGUCAUUGUGUCCUGGAGGGCCGACAGGCAGCAAGCGUACUAACAGAUGCGAGGUGUUACGGGAGAUGCUUUCACUGCCACUGGAAGUGCGCCUGAAGAAAUGGUUUACUGAGGUGUCACAAGUGAACCGAUUUGAUGCUCUGAUGCAUCUUGCUCCAGACUGUUCGGAGGAAGACCUUCUGAAAAUUCUUCCAGUGUAUGCAGAUUUGGUGCGUGGUUUAUGGGUCUGCAAAAGCUCUUUGCUGUAUGAUGAUGGGCAUGCUUCCAAAAGGGAUAGAAUUCUGCUCGGAUUUACAAAAGGGGAGUCCAUACCUGUGAAAUAUGUAGACAGACUGAUCAGAGAUGAGCGAACGAGGAACAUGAUAUUGAAUCCACUGGGUAAAAGAAGGGAGAAGCUUAAUGAUUACAAGUUUAUAGUACCAGCAGAUUCAUCCUUCAUAAGACGUUAUUCCCAUAUAGUUAAGGAGCAGGAAAAUGCUUGGUCAGUCCGCCUAAGAGCCUGAAGAAAUGGCUUACGAAUGCAAGCUAUGUUACACUAUCCGAAGAGCGGCUACCGUUUUUAUCUUGUUAUAUUAGAGUCUUAGUGCAGUGGUACUAGAUUGCAACCUGAGGUCAUCCUGUUGCUACUUGUUGUAGUCAUUUUCCAACAGUAAGAAGUAGGUUUUCUUCAGAAAUGAGUAGCGUGUGCUCUUUUGGUCGGUGGACGGUAUUCUUGCAGAUAUAUUACAAUUUGUGUUGGAUACAACUUGAAACCUCAUUUCCUUGAACAAUUUAUAUUUGCCCUUC